GGGUAGGCCAUAGAACAAUUAGGACAUUUAAGUAACUUUUAUAAAUGUUGAUAAAAACACUACUGAUGUGUAUCAAGAGACAAAACAACAGAACUGACAUAUUUUAAGAUCAGUCGGUACCAAGUUUCAGUUAAAACAGCCCAGACAAGCACUUUAGUCUUAAACCUUGUCUGUGAAACCAUGAUAUUCUUUAAGUAUCAUGUAAAUUACUAAAUGACAUAAAUACAGAAAUGUUUUAUUAUGCAAUAGCACAAUGUCCAUUAACUAAACAAAUAAAAUAAAAAUAAAAUAAAAAUUGGUACAACAAGAAAAACAGAAAAACAGGGAAAACAGAUCAGACCAAAUCAGAUUUGGUCAAAUAUACCACUGCUACCAUGGUAUAUGGUAUAAGCCUGUGAAAAAAUGUAGCAACCUAUAUUUCAGUCACCAGAUCAUCGGAUAGAUAUGCCACUAAUAUGGACCCAGCACUAGUGCGGACUUGUUGCGCAUGGCUUUCUGCACCGGCGCUGUUGUUCAAGAAAUGUAUGAUAUUAUGUUGCAGGUCAGAAACAAACGCGCUUUAACCUUAACACAACAGCAUCUGCUGCGCCAUCAAUCACGCGUGUCACGCAGAGGAGGGGGCGGGUCCAUGCCUCACGUGACUCAUCCCGACCCAAUCAGAGUGCAGGGAACGCGUGCGUGACGUAGACAGAGCGAAAUUUGAACGUCUUUCUCCGAGCUGCCGUUGUGAAGACGGGAACUAAAGCGGACACAGAAGCAAACACUGCAUUUAUAUGGCGAUAUUUAGACUUUAAAAGCGCGUUUUUCAUUUUAUAAAAUGAUGUUUAGGCGCAGCAGAGCCGGGAAACGAAAUACGAGAGGAGUCUGAUGACUUUGAUCGGUUGUUUUUAUUGAAAUGUGUCAAGCGGAACUCUGAGGAAAAAUAAGCUAACCGUCAGAGCUUGUGUUUUUAACACAUCCAGGACGUUUAUUUCGCUUGUUUUUAAACCUAAAGCACCUUUUAACGUAUUACCUCUCACAUCGAGCCGUUUAAAGUCGUUUUUAUCCGUAAUAAUGAAGGUUUUGGAGAGAAAUGUGGUUCGUCUGGCCGUCGUUCAGCAUCUUCGGUCGGUUUAUGGAAUAAAAAUCAAAAACUGGAAUAAAAACAGAAACAAACAGACAUCGGCGAACACGGUGAGGGUGUUUGGGGUUGCGCUUGAAGGUCUGCCACACUGUCAUGUGCUAGACUACGGUGACAUACCCUGCUUCAUAGCAGAUGUUUGUACGAGCCUCAUGGAGCAUUUGGACACAGAGGGCCUCUUCAGAAAGUCAGGCUCUGUUGUGCGGGUCAAGAGCCUCAGGGCCAAACUGGACCAGGGUGAGGACUGUCUGUCCACUGCUCUCCCACUGGACGUGGCUGGACUUCUGAAGCAGUUUUUCCGGGAGCUUCCCGAGCCGGUUCUGACCGCAGACCUGCACAGUGCUUUCCUGAAGGCCCAGGAGCUGCCCACGGAAGAGGAGAGGACCUCGGCCACGGUCCUGCUGUCCUGCGUGCUGCCCGACAGGAAUUUAAACACACUGCGGUACUUCUUCAGUUUCCUGAAGAGCGUCUCCCAGCGAUGUGCUGAGAAUAAGAUGGACAGCAGUAAUCUCUCGGUCAUCUUUGCACCCAAUCUCUUUCACUGUGGAGACGGCGUGGACAAAAUGAGCAGCAGCACGGAGAAGAGACUCAAGCAUCAGGCAGCGGCUGUGCAGUGUCUCAUAGAUAACGCUCAGCACCUGGGUGUGGUUCCUCAGUUCCUGAUGGAGAAGGUUCCAGCUAUGUUGGGUUGUGAUGCUGGAGUGUUUUCUCCAUCAUCUUUGUCUCUAGAAGAGAGUAGCACCAACUCAGACCUGAAGAAAAGCAACAGACGCAGUUUAGGAGACAUGGUAAAUGGAGCUCUGAAUAGGUUUAAAACUAGUAGAACCCCAACAAAUACCCCUCAGUCUGAUGGAGCAGUUUUCUCCAUAGCCACUCCUGUCAUCAUGACUCCGAACUCCAAGCGUAAACUCCUUGAGUCGGCACAAACUUAUGGCUUCUCCAACAAGAAACGCAGGUCCAUCAAGAAGAACCUGGGCCUGGAGCUGUUCCCGAACGCUUUGUUUGGAGGAGCAUCUACACCCGGAUCAGCACACAGCGCAGCAGGAGUUCUGGACUCGUCUUCUGUGGGCAGAAACACUCGACUGUCCAGCAGCUCUGCCAGGAGGAAGAGCAGACGUCUGAGAGACCGCAGCGUGAGCAGAGCUGAAUCGGGGAAGGCAGGCUGUUUCUCGCCUAGAGUCGCUAAGAAAGAGCCUGUGAGAAAAUCUCUGCGUCUGCGCUUCAGUUUGGGCAAAUCCAGCCGAGAGUCUAACGUCAUUACACAUUCACAACUGGGGCCAAAGAGGUCAGAGGUCAUAGGUUGGCGCCUAGCGACACAAGAGAGCUGUUCUGGGUUUCACUUCACCAAGGAGCUCAGUCCGGCUGUUUUGAACAAGAGCCCCUCGAAAGGCUCCAAGUUCAUCAGUAAAUCGGAGGAUAACCUGCUGACCCCGCAGUGUGAUUCUACAAACAGAAGCUCGUGGAGCGGAGACACUCCUGACAUCGGCAUGACCUUCCCGGAUUCGUUCUCUGAGACUCCCGUGAGCAUCUGUCUAAAGAGCAGCUACCGCUCCGAGCCAACCAUCACCGUGAGCAAACCUGCGACGGUCAGCAGCGUUAUUCCCAAGAGCCUCUGCUGCACCUCCAGCGACGGAAGCGCCUUGGAUCUGUUCAGCGAAGAACGCUCUCACACUGGACCCACGCUACUGAAAAUCAAGCAAGUUUCCGGCGAAUCUGGCAGCAUCGUUAAACAGCAGAACCGCGACGAACCCCAAGACGACUCCGGUGCAAACUCUGACGUGGGUUUGCCUUCGGAAACCUCACACAAAACAGUGUCUGAAUCCAGCGAAUCGGAUGACCACAAUGUGACGUUCGGCCAAAUCGAGAUCGUUCCUUUGACGCCUCUACAUAUAGACAGCGCUCUGUUUGACAGCGGACUGACACGGUUUGUGAAGACCAGCCCUGAUGGGUCUCUUUGUCUUGAAAAUGAAAGCAGGGCUUUCCUAACAAAUGCCACUGGAGACUGCAGUCAACUGAUCGACGCUUUAGACAUCCAAAGUCCCGUGGCUUUCAGAUUGGACACUUCCAGUAGGGUUCAAUCGACUCCGUAUGCAACAAGAUCGCAAACGAAUGCCAAUACGUCUCUGCCGAGUGAGCUCAAAGAGUCUUUAUUAACAGAUAAGACCGACGGUCCUCAAGAUCAAGCGGAGAAGCCACAGAACCAUCCUGGAGCCAAUGAAACGCGCCGAAUAAAAGUUGCAGACCAGAUUAAACUGUUCAACAUGAUGACGCUCAAUUCACCCAAAGACAAAGCGGUCCGAUCUCCUCUGAAGUUCCAGCGCACGCCGGUCCGACAGUCCAUCAGAAGGAUAAACUCUUUGAUUGGAGGCCGGAAGGACACAAGGAUGGGUUGGUGCGCCGCCAGUCAGAUAAAGACUGUAAGUUUAGAAAGUGGUUUGCAAAUGUCCUCAAAACCCAAACCUCCAGUUCGUCCAAAGAAUCAAGCUGUCAAAGCGCUGGAAGACGUCACCAACAAAGCACCAAAGACCAAUAAGAAUGCUGCAAAUGAGCGUCCCAAAUCUGUCCUGCUUACGUCUGAAAACGAUACCAGUCACUAUAGAGGUUCACCCAAAAACCCUCUUACGGAGGGGAGGCUGCUGUCAGCGAUGAAACCCAUUGAUAUAUAAGUCGCCAUAACUUUAAACGCUUUCUUCUGCAGAUGUCUUGAACUCUUGUAUUCAGGGGUCUUAAUUUAUUUCACUAAGGUGAGCUUCGAUCGUUUUACAGGUGAAUGGUGCGAGUGAUAUUUUUACAUUAUGAGGAAAGUGCUGAAUUUGUUUCAGCACGUGGAUUUCAUGGUCGCUUGGGUGUGAACGUCAAACUCUAAUGUACGAGAAGCAAACCCAGUGUGAUUUGAGGUCACCAGUUUAAAAUCCAUAAUUUUGUAAUCUAGUAGUUUUGCUGUAAGUGAAAAGACGAGUCCGUGAAAGUGUGAAGAGUGAUGUUCGUGUAAGAAUAGUUCAUGAGUGUAUUUAGAGUGAAAAUGGAUGUUUGUAAAUUAGAUCGGAGAAGGCUGGAUUUGGGAAGUGUCUUAUUUACUGUUAUUUAUGUUUUAUGCAAAAUCUUGAUUUUCAUUCGAAAGGCCUUAAAGACAACGUUCAUGGUGUAACUCAAGGAAAUGUAUGUUAUGUUAAGCAGUAUUAUGGUCUUAUGCGAUUAUCCUCAAUGCUGUUGUUAUUUUUCACUCAUUUAUGAAGAUUUUGUACAUGAAGUUGUCAAACUAAACUCUCUCUGUUUAACUGGUGUUUUGAAGUUCCUUUCUUCACCACUUGGUGGCGCACUUUGUUCAACAGGACCAAGAUUCGGUAUUAAAGUUCAUUGGUCUUACAUCACACUAUUUGAAUGGUUUUACUGCCAAACAAUACACAGCAAAAAG